CAUUAGCCCAGCAAACAUGCACAUCACAAAAUUAUUAUUUGUGGCUAGUUUGCCUUGGCUGGCUCAUCCGAGGGAAACCAACGGCGAUAUAUCAACACAGCCUUCGUUAGAGAGUACAAAUGGGCAGAACACCUACCCGCUCACUAAUAAUAGCACAGAGUCCAUCCCGGAAAGGUUACAAGCGCUCAGUGACGGCGUUGAUAGAAACAAUGGCACACAGAUUUACGAAGACAGGCCAACUCAAGCAACAGUGACCAUGGUCACGCUGGACAGUUCUGAGAGUGGCAACAUGUCUCAAACGAACGAAACCAUGUCGAAGGUUAUGGUCGUAAACUCAUUGCAGAUGGUGCAAUACAUUUCAAUGUUGGGCUGGUUGUGUUUCGUUCUGUGGAGUCUCAGCUUCUACCCUCAGGUGCUGGAGAACAUGAAGCGCCAGUCCGUGACGGGACUCAACAUCGAUGGUGUUGUUUACAAUCUGACUGGAUUUCUGUCUUAUGCUUUGUUCAAUGUGGGUAUGUACUAUUCUGAAACAGUGCAACAGCAGUACUUCACUAUCCAUCAGACGAGUACUUUGCCAGUGACAGUAUCCGAUGUUGCUUUUGCGGUACAUGCAUCCAUUAUGACGGGAAUUGUGUUGCUACAGGUCCACCACUAUCGCACACCCGAUCAGACGCUCAGUCAUAGUGCAAAGGUUAUCAAUGGAUGCAUGUGGGCGAGUGCAGUGGUACUGCUCAUUGCCGUGAAAAUGGAUCUCAUGGCAAUCCUGUCGUAUUUGCAAGCGUUCUCUUCUUUGAAGUUGAUGCUCACAGUGGUGAAGUAUAUACCACAGGUGAUGUUCAACUUCCAGCGAAAAUCAACGGCUGGGUUCUCUGUGGGUACGCAAUUGUUUGACAUCUUUGGUGGCGUCGCCUCUGUGUUGCAGAUGUUUUUGCAAGCGUCCAACACAAACGACUGGAGCGGUUUGACGGGCAAUCCUACCAAGACUGGGCUCGCCAUGGUAUCUAUUGGUUUUGAUCUGGUUUUGAUCAUUCAGCAUUAUUAUUACACAUACUAUCGAAGUAGUGCAGAACAGCCUAAGGAUACGAUGCCCAUCUCAAUGAAUGGAGAAAAGAAAAAUAAGUAUGGCGCGCUGGACGUGCCCGUAUCGAAUCUAACCGAAGUGGUUCAUCAUACAACGGAAUUUAGCUCCUUUUUCAGGCCGAGCCGUGCACUUUAAUAUAAUAAUUAGUAAACAAAUCAAAUUUAGUAGAAAUUUAGUAGCGCGUAUGUGACGGUCUGAAAGGGAGACUGACCCUCCUAACGUAUGAUACGGCUAGUACACCGUGGUAGCAAUAUAUCCAAUAAAGUACAAUCAG